AUGGGGAAGCUGUUGUCAAAAAUCUUCGGUAACAAGGAGAUGAGGAUAUUGAUGCUGGGCCUCGAUGCAGCCGGAAAGACUACUAUUUUAUAUAAAUUAAAAUUAGGUCAGUCAGUCACAACGAUACCUACGGUCGGUUUUAAUGUCGAAACUGUAACGUAUAAAAACGUCAAAUUCAACGUCUGGGACGUUGGAGGGCAGGACAAAAUAAGACCUCUUUGGAGGCAUUAUUAUACAGGCACUCAAGGUCUAAUAUUCGUGGUGGACUGCGCGGACAGGGACCGCAUCGAUGAGGCCCGUCAGGAACUGCACCGGAUCAUCAACGACAGAGAGAUGCGUGACGCGAUCAUACUCAUCUUCGCUAACAAACAGGACUUGCCUGAUGCAAUGAAACCCCACGAGAUACAAGAGAAGUUGGGGUUGACGCGCAUCAGAGACCGCAACUGGUACGUGCAGCCGUCGUGCGCGACGUCAGGCGACGGGCUGUACGAGGGGCUCACCUGGCUCACUAGCAACCACAAGUUAUGA